AUGGGCUUCCUUCCCGCCUGGCUCAUGUCGAAGGCAGCCUCCAUGCUGAUUUGGUGCCUCUGUCUGCUGCCUCACAUGGUUCUGGCCCUGGCAGGAGAGGGCUUCGCGCCCUGCUGGAGCCGUGGCGGCGGCUUCAACUUCCAGGAGUGUUGUGGCAGCGCCGAGCACGCGCCGAACCCAAGUUGCUUCGACUCUAUCUACACCGAGGAGCUCUGCUGCAUGGAGGCGGACUGGGAUGUGGAGUGCUGGCAGCAUGCGCGGCUGCAGCUAGCAGAUGUGCAGCGAGUCUUUGAGGCGCAGGCUUCUGCUGGCAUGGCGAGCUGGGCACAGAUGGACGCCAUUCGACGCUACACUGCAGAUGACAUGCUCCUCUACCUUUUCUGCUGCAACGCCUUCCACAACGAGUACUGCUGGGGCCCGGCCAUCCAUCAGGCACUUCUGCCGGAUCCGGAUGCAUGGGAGGGGGUCUCUGACAUCAGUGCCUGGUAUCCUCGCUGCUGUUUUCCGAGACUGCGAGGGAUGCUGAAGGCGCCGAUGCCCGUGUGGAUGCGGCGGCAGAUCAGCAGGGACUUGCGGGCCAUGUCCAUGCCCGGCCGCCCGGGACUCCCGUGGCCGUCGAAGCAGGAUCUACAGCAUUUCACUGGCUCCCUGCCAGAGGACGGACAGGAGCCCCACCAAGAGCUGUUCCGCUUCUGCGACUACCAUGUUAUGGGCGCUGACAAGGUGCGGCACUGCAACUUCACGCGGCGAGGAUACCAUCCUCGCAGAUACCUGCGUGCCCGCGUCUUUGCCCGGGCCAUGACAGUCCUUGCUGCGCGGGGGGAGCUCCCCGAUGCAGAGGUCAGCUUCGUCCUAUCACACUCGGAUGUCGAGUGGCAUGACCAAGCCUUGCCGGUGUUGACUUUCCAGCGCGGCAAGGCGACCACGCGCGUAGUUCGAACGCCUAUGUGGGAGCAGCUUGAUGGGUCUUGGAGCCGCAAGGUGGAGCACAGCGUGCGCAUGGCAGACGGCCAGCGGCUGUGGCGCUCGAAGGUUGGCAAGCAAGCCUUCUGGCGAGGUACUGAUAGCGGGGUUCCCGCACAGGACUGUCACCCCGAGCGGUUUCGAUCCUGCAGCGUGAACAACCACACCUGGCGUGACUUUCAUCGCCUAAAGUUGGCGAGAAUGGCUUCGACGAUGCCGCACCGUGUGGAUGCGGCUCUAUCAGGUGUGAAGCAAAGAGCAAAGGCUAUCGGAUUGGACCUGGUCUACACGCAGCUUGGCCUGCUGCACCCACCUUUGCGAGAGCUCUCUAUCGAGGAACAGCUCCGGCGCCGUUUGCUGCUGGAUCUGGAUGGAAGUAGCCAGUCCACGCGUUUGUACUGGGGCCUGCUAUCGAAUUCGGUGGUUUUGAAGCAGGACACGAAGUGCUGCAAUUGGUACUCGGAUCGGCUCCGAGACCAAGUCCACAUCUUCCGCGUUCGCCGGGACCUGGCGGACGUGCCCCGUCAGGUGCUGCGCUCCACCCUGCGGCCGAGCCUGGCGCGCUCCGUGGCACGGCGCUCCGCACGGCUGGCGCGGCGCUGGCUCAGCCACGAGGAUGCCAUGCACUACCUCGCGCGCGUGAUUCUUGCGGUGGCGGAAGCGCAGGGAAAAGGCUGA